AAAAAAAUUCUAUAAACAAGAGAGUUAUUUUGCUAAUACUUGUAUCUUGAAUAGUUUUUAGCUUUUAACCAGAAUUGGCGGUUAGCUGAUACAUUUCUUAGUAUAAACAUCUGCUUUGAUUUUCUGUAUAAUAGGCUGACAACCCUUAUCGAUCAACACCGUGUUUGUUCCUGCCUCCUUGCGAAAUUAAAAUGUUUUAAAUUAUAUAAUACUGUGCUGUGCUGUGCUGUGCUACUGUAGUAAUGGAUCGAAUUGAUACAACCAAGCGAAAGCCCAGACGCACUCACGGCACACCAUCGUAUACCUACCGGAAUCGCUUUGCCUACGCUCUGUUAGCAGCUGGAGCUGUAUGCUUUGGAAUUUGGAGCUUAACGCCCAUGCAGCGCUUGUCAAACGAAAAGCUGUGUAAAAAACUACUGACUUCAUCGGAGCAGGAACUUGACAGGAAAGGACUGUUUGAGUUUGGUGCACCGCGUCCCGGAAAGUUUAUUAGAGAAGCCAUCGAGGAGGCUGAGAAUCUAAGGACAGAACGCUAAUCAUGGAUCGAAAGACGCGAAGAGCGAACUUUAAGAACUUGCAGCAAGAAUCUAAUAAGCUUCGGUAAUUGUAAUUUAAGCAUGUUUUCGUAGUUGUUGAACAAUAAAAUGUAGUUAUCUAACCAA